AUGGAAGAUCUUCUAUCAACACAGCAGCAGUUGAUUGGAGCUAUUGAGCAGCUCUACAGCAAUUUCAAGAAAGACGGACCGGAACGCAAGACCGGUGAUUACAUCAGGAGGAGACUUGAAACGCUAGAUAAGUAUUGGGAGGAAUUUCAAAACAACCACCUUAAAUUAUGUGGCUAUAGUGACAAGUCGCAUGAUUAUUUUGUGACCGAGCAAUUCGACACAACUAGGGAGCGCUACGAGCAUGUCAGGUCCGUCAUCGUGAAUUAUCAACCACGUGACGCCAAACCGGGCACUCCGCUGCUGCGGCCAGCGACUGCACUGGCUGGCGCGGGGCCGCCGCAGCCGCCCACGCGCGCCUCAUCGACGGCAGCAAGGACGGACAGCGCGCACGAGUCUGAAGCACAUCAGGUAACUUUCAGGACACAGGGCGUCAAUAGCAGGACAGAUGAGUUGCUAAGAAAGCAAGCGAGCAACUUCAGGGCGCUUCAGAGAAAGGUAGCUAGUAUUAACUUAGAUACGGAGUUAGAUAAAUGGGAGUUUGACGAUUUAUUAAAAACAUUACAAUUCCGGUGGUCGGCUAUAGAUACUUUACAUCUGGAAAUAGAUAGUGAACUAGAGGGGAAAAAUCAGGAAUACGAUGCGGCUUUCUAUCAUUAUGAAAGAUUGUACGAAGACAUGAAAAGGGCUAUUAAUAGGAAAAUGAGGUCUAUGUGUCAUAGGGAGAAAUCAACUCCGCAGAUGGAAUUGCCUAUUUUUAGCGGAAGCUUCCAGCAGUGGACAUCGUUCAAGGAUCUUUUCACUGAAACUAUCCACACAAACGCAUCUCUAUCAUACGCGCAAAAGAUGCAGUUUUUAAAGGGUAAGCUCCGAGGAGAAGCCGAGCGUUUAGUUCAACACUUACAAAUAAGCUCAGACAAUUACGUUACCUGCUGGGAGAUACUCAAUAAUAGAUAUAACAAUAAAAAACUUAUUUUUACGUCACACGUCAAUACUUUAAUGAAUAUUUCAGUGUCGCAACAACCGUCGUUCGGACAUAUCAAGAAAAUCCACGAUACGUCACUGGAGUCGCUAAAUGCGAUAAAAAACCUGGGUGUAGACAUAAGUUCAUGGGACCCUUUAUUAGUACAUAUUUUAAGCCAAAAACUAGAUGCCGAUACUUACAACGAAUACAUAUCAUCGUUAAAACAACCAAAGGAAUUACCUAUUUUAAAAGAUUUUCUAAAUUACCUAGAAACGAAAUUUACGGCUCUUGAGACUUCACGGAAAAAGCAAGAAAACCCGACAGCGAAGUCUAGUUUCAAAAAUACAUAUUAUAAUAAUUCACCAACAGAAAAUCGCUUAAAUUACAAGAAACCCACAUACUUUACACAAUCAAAGGUUUCAAGUAACAGAGUUCAAAAACCUGCACAUACGGCAAAAUUACCGUGUCACUUUUGUUCAAAUCGCGAACAUGGCUUAUAUUAUUGCACAAAGUUUCUAGAGUUGCCUAAUCAUAUGAAACGAAAAUUUAUUAUAGACAAAAAUUUAUGCAAAAAUUGUCUUUAUGAUCACGAAGGCAAAAAUUGUUAUUCUGAAUCGCGUUGUCGAGAAUGCGAUGGUAAUCAUAAUACAAUUUCGCAUGACGUAUUUUGCAAUAAAGUAUUUACGUCGAAAAAUACAGAGUCGAAGAUUUCGAAAUCGGACGUGGGUAAUACACAUGUUUCGGUAAAUUGCAAAGACCCUGAAAUCCUGUUGGCAACAGCCAUGGUACAGGUACAAGCUCGGGACGGUACAUACUAUAACAUUCGAGCCCUACUAGAUCAGGGGUCUGAGACUACUCUCAUAUCAGAGAGAAUAGCUCACAUUUUAGGUUUACCACGCAAACAUUGCAAGGGAACUAUAACUGGAAUAGGUGAAAAGGAGAGCAAUUGUAAGGGGAUUAUUAAAAUCAAAUGUAGGUCUAAUCAAGAAGACUUUUCUUUCGAAACAGAUGCGUAUAUCAUGAGAACUUUAAUAAAGAAUCUGCCCUCCUACAGCUUUCCUAAACCAGAGUGGCCUGCAUUAGAAAAUUUGCCUUUAGCGGAUCCUUACUUCAAUAUGAGAAGACCGGUAGACCUUUUACUUGGAGUAGAUGUUUUUAGUAACUUACUAUUAGACGGAAUUUAUAAGGCGGGGCCCACUCUACCGAUGGCUCAAAAAACGCGUUUAGGUUGGAUUUUGAGUGGCUGCGUAAAAAAGAGUUUUAAAUGUAACAUAAUUGUACAUAACAUCGACGAUAUCUGUCAAUUUUGGCAAUCAGAAAAUAUCUCAGAGCCAUCUACUAUAUCACUUGCCGACCAGCAGGUCAUUGAUUUUUAUAAUAAAAGUACUAUACGUCAGUCGGAUGGCAAGUAUCAACAAUUAGGUCAUAUGAUACACUCAAAUAAUUCCGAUUCAUCCGGUUUUUACCUACCGCACCAUUGUGUUAUUCGAGAUGAAUCAACCACAACUAAGUUACGGGUGGUUUUUAAUGCUUCCGCGCCUUCCACUUCCGGUUUGAGCUUAAAUGACUUGAUGGAAAGAGGUCCUAAUUUACAACAAGAUCUACAGAGUCUUCUUAUCAAGUGGAGACAGUUUAGAUAUGGGUUUACUGCAGAUAUUGAAAAAAUGUUUAGAAUGGUUUGGUUACAUCCAGAUGACCAAAAAUAUCAAAAGAUUAUUUGGAGAGAAUCGCCGUUAGAUAAAAUGAAUAUUUUUCAAUUAAAGACAGUGACAUACGGCACCAAGGCCGCGCCGUUUCUGGCGAUGAUGACACUUCGACGUUUAGCUCAAGAUGAGAGACAGAAUUACCAGGAGAGUUCCGCGCCGAAAGUUAUUGAAUCAUCAUUUUACAUGGACGAUUUAGUCUACGGAUGUCAUUCUAUUGAAUCAGCAAAGCGUUUAAUAAACGACAUUAUUUCGAUUUUAAAUUCAGGAGGGUUUAAUUUACGAAAAUGGAAGGCCAAUAAUCAAGAUAUACUCCCAAAUAACUAUAGUAAUACAGAACAAAUCAAUUAUGACUUUAAAAACACCGAGUCAUCAAAAACGUUAGGACUUAGUUGGGACCCACAGCAAGAUCAAUUUACAUUUACCUCAAAAUUAGACUUCAUGACGAAAAACCCUACAAAACGUAUUUUACUUUCAAAUAUAUCAAAAUUAUUUGACCCACUGGGCUGGCUAUCUCCAAUUUCAACUAAAAUAAAACUAUUAUUUCAACAAGUAUGGCAAUUACAAUUAAAAUGGGACGAACCGUUACCGGAAAAUAUAUUGAAAGAGUGGGAAAGUAUGAAAAUUGACUUAGAAAAUAUAAAUAAAUUUUAUAUACCUAGGUGGUUAGGAACAAUAAAGAAUAAUGUCAUCGAACUCCACGGAUUUUCAGAUGCGUCAACAAAAUGUUACGCUUGCGUUGUUUACUGCAAGGUAAUGACACAUGAACAGACAUCGGUAACUAUGAUAGCAGGAAAAUCAAGAUUAGUUCCUGUAAAUAAUAAACUUACUUUACCGAAACUUGAGUUAUGCGGUGCCUUAUUACUCAUAAAGUUAUUGUCAAAAAUAAAAAGUUGCCUUGAGACAUACCAAAUUAAUUACUACUGCUGGGUUGAUUCUAUGGUAGUUUUAGGAUGGAUUAACGGUGUACCUGAGCGCUGGAAACCAUUUGUGGCAAAUAGAGUAAAGCAGAUUAUCGAAGUGGUACCGCCCAACAGCUGGAAUUACGUUAAGUCGGAGGAGAACCCCGCAGACUGUGCUAGCCGUGGUUUAACAGCGUUACAAUUAAGAGAUCAUAAAUUAUGGUGGAACGGGCCGACUUGGUUAAAAACGCAUAAAACUAAAGAUCAAUUUAAUACUAAAAUAACAUUUUUUACAUGUCAAGAAGCCAAAAGAACUAAAAAGAUCGUAGCAACAUGUCAGCAAGAAUAUUUUAUUCAAGAAUUACGUGAUAUACAGAAAGGAAAUAAUGUAUCAUCAAAAAGCAAGAUUUGUAUGCUCCACCCUAUACUUGAUGAGGAUAAAAUUUUAAGAGUGGGGGGACGUCUAAAACACGCGAAUAUUAACCUAGAUAUGAAACACCCCAUUAUCAUACCCAAAAAUAGUCGUUUAUCAGAAUUAAUUAUCGACCAGUGUCAUGAACUCACCUAUCACGGUGGCGCCAAACUUACUUCCGGGUUUAUUCGACAAAAGUACUGGUUGGUAAGAGGACUCAAAGCCACGAAAAAGCGUAUUUUUCAAUGUGUAAAGUGCAGAAAGCACACUCCGAGUCAGCACUAUCAAAUUAUGGGCGAUUUACCUACAGCAAGGGUCAAUCCAUCGCGGCCAUUCUAUCACACAGGGGUAGAUUAUACAGGUCACGUGUUUGUUAAGGCCAACAAGGGCCGAGGUAUUCUAACCACAAAGGGCUACGUGGCUGUAUUCGUCUGUAUGGUUACUAAAGCUGUACAUUUAGAAUUGGUGUCAGAUUUAACAACGUCAUCAUUUUUAGCUGCUUUGCGCCGCAUGACUGCUAGACGAGGGGUGCCGAAAAAUAUGUACAGUGACCAAGGUACUACCUUUAUCGGAGCAAACAAGGUCUUACAAGAAGAAUACCAACAAAUAUUAAGUACCUUCCAAAACACAAAAUUCAUCGAUGAAAUCACGAGAAUGGGGAUCAAGUGGCAUUUUAAUGCCCCUUCUUGGCCGUCAGCAGGUGGUCUAUGGGAAGCUGCGGUCAAGAGUCUCAAAUAUCAUAUAAAACGGGUGAUAGGCGAACAAAGACUUACAUUUGAGGAAUACUCAACAUUACUCUCUCAGCUCGAAGCUUGUAUUAAUCAAAGACCUUUAUGUGCAAUGACCGAAGACCCUGACGACUUAAAUUGCCUAACACCAUCUCAUUUUUUAACUAACGGUCCUCAUUUAGCAUUUUACAACACCGAAACUGACUUACGUACUCGUUGGCACCUAACGCAAAGAUUAUUCGAUGAUAUCUGGAAAAAAUGGCGCUUAGAAUAUCUUACGCAACUAUCAGUCCGCAGCAAGUGGAGGCUACCACAAGAGAAUAUCAAGAUCAACGACAUAAACUGGUCAUCAAAAAAAUCGGCCCACCUGCGUUUUUACCGAUAA